CAUCCUAAGUUCCUAACCAUGGUUGGAAAUAGCAAGGGGAAGAAAAAAAUUAACCAAAACGGGAUCUAUAGAUAUUUUACUCGUGGACAAAGUAGCACUCAUGCUAGUGGAGUUUAUCUUCAUCAUGAACCUGAAGUAGAAGUGGAAGCAGAAAACAUUGCUCAUCCGGAUGUUCAAGAUGACAACGGUGAAGCGGAAGAAGAUGCACAUGUUCAAGAAAAUGCACAUGUUCAAGAAAACAAUAGUGAAGAAGUUAAUGGUCAAGAAGUGGAAGGUAUAAUUGAGUUCAACCCGGACCACAUUAUUUCUGAUCCGGGUCUUCGUAUUCCAAUUGAUCGCUUUGUUUCUAAUAUUAGAGAUGAAGUUAGAAGGGCUUUCAUAGUUAAAGGUCCGACUCAACCAAUUGGUCAUAAUUUUCCCAAGUCAAAUGAUAAAAGGAGCUUUCAAAAACAUUGCAAUGAAGGCAUCCAGCGCCCGUCGAUCCUUGUCGUAGUCGACGUCGCCGUACCGAACUGCCUCCCACAUGUGCCGUACCUGGAGCCUUACCCUCAUCACCGCGGCCCACUCGACAUAGUUGGUCUUGGUGAGGGUAGGCCACCCACCGCCGGGACUAAUGACCCUGACAACAGCAUGGAUCCCGUGGUGACCAUGGCACCGGUCCAAGGAGGGAGAGUCGCGCCGCCUGUAAAGGCCGCGAUCUCCGUCGACCCGGCCGCCGCCACCGGGAGCGCGGCUGCCGCGCGCGUCCUCGCCAGGAGCGCCGCCUGCGCGUCCACGCCCGUCUAG